GACAGGAAUAAAGUAAUCAUCUUUGGAGGACGCGACGCCAACUCAAAGACAACUUUAUCCGAUAUCUGGUCUCUUGACCUGGACACGUUCACCUGGCAACAAAUCAUACCAGUGAACAACAUCGCACCUCGAUACGAUCACACCUGCAACAUUGUCGGUGCCAACAUGAUCGUCUACGGAGGUCAGUCCAGUCCUCCCAAUGGUGAGGGGCCUAAUAUUGCAUAUGUCAAAGACACCCAGGUCUUUGAUAUAGUCCAAUCCCUUUGGAUGACGACCUAUUCGCCUAAAGAGGAUACGACCCCGAUCUCGAAACCUCACCAUGAAGCUGGACCCAAUGGGAACAAAACGGAUGGCCGUGGAUUAUCAACUGGGGCUAUUGUCGGUAUAGUUGCAGCAGUCCUAGCUGUCAUUGGAUCUCUAUUGGGCUUAUUCAUUUAUAAGAGACGACAAAAGAGGAUUGCGAUCCGGGAAGCUGAAAUGGAAAAACAGGCAUAUAUGGCGUCCCUGGGCUACGAUGGUGAAGGCCAUGGUAACGGUAACAGAAACAGUGUUAGUGGCAGCAGUGCUAGUCAUCGACGACAUAAGACUCACCGCAAUAAAAACCUCUAUGGAGCCUCACCUCAUUCUACAUCCACGAGACGAUUAAACGGCGGUAGUAUUGGAGGUAGUCGUGGCCGUAACAGCACCUCGGCUGCCAAUGCACCAGGAAUGGGACACAAUGAUCUUUCUGGGAUCGAAGCUCCAACAUCGGGUACGGGAGGAGCACAGGACGAUCAUCUUCAAUAUAGUAUGCCACCUGAAGAGACAUCUGGCGGCGCGCAAUAUCUGAUGCAGCAACUACCCGAUGGUACCAUUGCUGUUCAACCUGUUUAUUUUGACCAUCGAUCUAUACCGAUUCAAACUUCUCCCAACGUAGUCUACUCUGAGACGAGCAGCCUUGGAGGGUUCUUGAACUCUUCGUUAGGACAACUUCACCCUUUUAAUGCUGCUACGUCUACUUCAGGGUCUGGAACAAGAGGAGCAGGAGCGGAAGCAGGGACAGAAGUAGCUGGAUAUAUUGCGCCACCCACUUCAACUUCAUCUGUAGCACCAAAUGCAACAACAACAACAACAGCAACAACAACGCCUGUGAAUAAUGCUCUCGCACCUUCUUCAUCUAGUAAUGACAUAAGUACAACCACUAUACCAGCACCUACCCAUAACCCUUUUGCAUCUCCUAUCUUGGCUCAUUCGCCCUCCCCAAAGCCAUAGCACCAGGCACAUCAUUGAAGUAGUGAAGGAGAAAAGAAAAGACAUUCGAAAAC